AUUUAGACGUAAAAGCAUAUCGAGAGCAAGGCUAGCGCCAGGGCGUCUUGAGUCUUGCUGGAAUCUUGCCGAGGCGUUCGUGGGGCAUUGUACCUGUAUGUACCUGAUUGAUGGAUCUCGUGUGGCUUCGCGAUACAGCUGCAAGGAAACCGCGACGACGGCCCAAUUUAAUUCGCUGAUCCCCGCACAAGCUGACGAGCGGCGCCCCACUGUGACUGGCCGAGCCACCUUUCAGAAUGUCCGUGUCCGAUGACGUUGAAACGCUAUUCUUGGUCAUCCUUCAUCAACUUCCGCCUUAUUUAUUCUUGCAACACUGACGGACGUGUCGAUUCGUGUAUCCGACCUGGAUAGCUUUUGUCAGCUUCUUUCUCAUAGAUCCUUUGAAUGAAAUCAUGGCGCCAAACCAAGGCCUUGUGCACCUCAAGGAGUACGAUAUCAAGGAUAGUAAUGUCGAACUCAUCGGCACGGACAUCGACCACCAGGUGAAGUACAAGUCUGCGGCUACCGAGCCGGCUUGGAACGAUGGGGGAAUCGGCCAGUCGACAGGACUACACGUCUGGCGUAUCGAGGACUUUGAGGUCAAGCCGUGGCCGAAGGAGAAGUACGGCCAGUUCAUGGACGGCGACAGCUAUAUCGUGCUCCACUCGUACAAGGUCGGCAGUAAGGACGGAACUGAGAAGCUAGGCCACGACAUCUUCUUCUGGCUUGGGGCCCACACUUCGCAGGACGAGGCCGGCACGGCUGCUUAUAAGACAGUAGAGCUCGAUGAGUUCCUGCACGGAGCUGCGACACAGCAUCGUGAGCUGCAGUCGGCGCCAUCCGACGAGUUUCUGGGACUGUUCCCUCGCAUCUCAAUUCGGUCGGGUGGCGUCAGAUCCGGAUUCCGGCAUGUCGAGGACGGGGGGCCCAAGGAGGAGAUCCUUACCCUUUUGCGCAUUUUCAAGAACCCGUCCGUGGGCGCCAACGGAGUGGUGGUGCACGAGGUGGAGCCGACGUGGCAGAGUUUGGAUGAGAGCGACGUCUUUGUGCUGGACACGGGCGACAAGAUCUGGCAGUGGCAGGGCAAGAGCUGCAGCCCGAUGGAGAAAGCCAAGGCGGCGCAAGUGGUCAACGACAUGACCCUGGCUAAGCACACCGACGUCGAGGUUCUGGCGCAGGAAGAGUCGCGAUCCCGUGUCAUCGUCAAGCUCCUCGGAGGCGACGACGAUACGCCGCAGUCCGGGUUCCAGUGCCCCAGACCGGUCCGGUCAGCGUCCAAGGUGCACGCUGGCGAAAGGCCGCAGAAGCUCUUCCGGCUCAGCGAUGCUUCGGGCGAGCUCAAGUUCGACAUAGUCAAGGAGGGCAGUCAGGCGGCGCUUUCGGACUUCAACGGACAGGACGUGUUCUUGCUGGAUGAUGGAGGACGGGCCGUCUGGGUGUGGGAAGGACAGGACGCCAGCAGGGGAGAGAAGGCGAACUGGCUCAGAGUUGCGCAGGCGUAUAUUCGGCAGCUUCAAGGAGGUUCGGAGGCCAAAGAGGCCCAUCUCACACCGCUGGCCAAGGUGACGCAGGGCAACGAGAGCCGGGCGUUCCUGAAGGCGGUGCAAGUAUAAGGCGGAUAGGCUAGACGGCGGCAA